AAGAAGAGUCUCCGCCGCGGACGGUUAACAGUUACCCCGGGAUGGUCUGUAGUUAAGAGGGUUUAUGUGGGGCUCUAGCGCCUGGCAGCAAUUGAAACAGAUAUAACUGGGUAGACGACCCAGGGUUUUUGUUUAAGGCUUUUGAAAGUUUGCUCGUAUGGGUCUCCGGGAGCGUGUGGUUUAUGUUAUUCUUCGGUUCCUCUGUCAGCCCGAAGCUCGCUAGCUAACGCUAGCUGACGAGUCGAGGCUGGCGUCACUGUUUUCGCUGUGGAGCAGCAGAAGGAAGGAAGGAAGGGAAAGGGAGACUGCGCACUACAGGGCCACAAAACAGAAUACUUCUCGGGAAGUUUCUUAAAAGUGUGUAUAUAUUGAAUUAUGCGGUAGUUGCGCACCUUGCUUGCUUCUUUUGAGUGUUUUAUAUGUUACAUUAUUAAUGUAGCUAGGCUCGACGUCUGGCAGACUGCGGUGAAGAACCUGUUUGGAGAGUCUGUCACUGACUUCACUUGGCUAACCUAACUUGGCUAGGCUCGUCACACUGGACAGGUUUGGCCGCAGUGGUGCAAGUUUUCUUCAUUGCCGUGGUUGUUAUUGUUUGCUAGCUGCUUUUUAAAUUGACUGUCUGGCCCCCAUGGCUACAGAUGUGACCGAGGGUGAAGGAGGCUUGAAACAAAGUGGCACAGCUGGUGUGAUUAUGAACAAAAGCAGCCCCGAAACAGACACACCCAGGACAUUUGAAACACUGGAAAACAAGCCGACAGGUCGCCACUCGUCAUCGGCUCACCCGGGAAACGAUGCGGAUAAGCCGAGAACUCAAGCGGCGGCAGUGUCUGCUGUGAAGAACGGGGACGGAGCAGCCCGAGACCAGCCCAGCAAAACAGGAGAUCCGCCACAGGAAACUGCAGCUCCACACAAUGGAGGAAAUCAGGAGAGGACACGGACCCCGAACACAGGUCCAGCUAAACUACCGCAGGCGCAGAGUUCGCCGCUGGAGCACAACGGAAGUUUUGACCAACAGGAGUCAGUCGCUACUACAGAAGCUCGAUUGAGAAUGGAAGGGGUGGAACUCAAAGAAGAGUGGCAAGACGAGGACUUCCCAAGACCUCUACCUGAAGAAGAGGACAUUCAGCUUGAUGAAGAUCUCUUCACUGGAGAGGGAGAUUCUGCUCCACAAUCAUAUGGAUCAACCAGUGGCAAACGAACGAAAAGGAGGCUCUUGGCUCCAGAUAUCAGUCUGAACCUCGAUCGCAGUGAGGGUUCUGUGCUCUCUGACGACCUGGAUGAAAGUACUGAGUUAGAUCUGGAUGGCAUGGACACCCCCUCAGACAACAGCAAUGAGUUUGAAUGGGAAGAUGAUCUCCCAAAGCCCAAAAGCACAGACCUCUUGCAGAAAGGUGUAGAGUCAGUGAGGGAGUACUCUGCCUCUGAAGAGCGUGAUGAGGGCCGACGCUGGAGGAUCUUCCGCAUUGGCGAGCAGGAACACAAGGUCGAUAUGAAGGCCAUUGAGCCCUACAAGAAAGUUAUCAGCCAUGGAGGUUAUUACGGGGAUGGACUGAAUGCUAUCAUCGUCUUUGCAGUUUGUUUUAUGCCUGAGAGCAGUCAACCAAACUACAGAUACAUCAUGGACAAUCUGUUCAAGUAUGUGAUUGGCACUCUGGAACUCUUGGUGGCUGAAAACUACAUGAUUGUGUACCUGAACGGUGCCACUUCUCGUCGGAAGAUGCCCAGUGUGGGUUGGCUCAGAAAGUGCUAUCAGCAGAUAGAUCGGAGAUUAAGAAAGAAUCUAAAGUCUUUGAUAAUCGUCCAUCCCUCUUGGUUCAUUCGCACUCUCCUCACCCUUACAAAACCUUUUAUAAGCUCUAAAUUUAGCCAAAAAAUUAAGUUUGUGUACAGCCUGACAGAACUAGCUCAACUUGUUCCAAUGGAAUACGUGUCAAUACCAGAAUGCAUUAAGCAGUUUGAUGAAGAAAAAAAUAGGAAAACACGUAAAAGGAUUGAUCAGGACAUGCGUAGCAAAGUGGAGAUAGGAACCGCAGCAGUGCCAGAGUGAACAUGAAGCACUGAAGAGAGGUGGAGGAAAAAUAAAGAAUGCCUUUUUUUUUUUUUUUGUCUUUCAUCUUGAAAUGUUAGUGCCUUUCAAGGCUUUGUUGCCUGUUACAUGGUGGAACUUUUAUUCCUUAUUGUGUGUGUCAAACAUUGGUUAAAAUCUCAAUGAUAUGCUUUAAGCAUUUUUAAUAAUUUCAUGUAUGAACUGAUCUGUCAUUUUUCAACAAUUCCUGCUGUCUCUCAGACAUAUUUAAGGACCUCUGUUUAAGAAAGGUGAUGCAUGUUAUACCACGUUACAUUUAAAUAUAUAUUUAUAUUCAAAUGGUGAUAAAGGAGAGAUA